GUCAUACUCUUCUCUCUCUAUUUACCACUUACUCUUGUAGCACUAGAUUGAACGCCAUGGUUCGAGAGAGGAAAUUUUACGACUUGCUUGAAGUGCCCGUCGAUGCUUCUGAGGCUGAUCUCAAAAAGGCCUACAGGAAAAAGGCACUCCGAUUACAUCCUGACAAGGGUGGUGAUCCAGAAUUGUUCAAGGAGGUUACGCAUGCGUAUGAAAUACUAAGCGACCCAGAGAAACGUAGCAUAUACGACUCGCGAGGAGAGGCCGGCCUCUCAGAACAGGGGGGCAUGGGCGGCAUGGAUCCGCAGGAUCUCUUCAGCCAGCUCUUUGGUGGUGGAGGCUUCUUUGGAGGAGGGGCAGGAGGCCGGCCUUCUGGCGCUCGGAAAACCAAAGAUCUGGUUCACCGUGUCAAUGUCACAUUGGAAGACCUUUACAAAGGCAAGACCACGAAGCUUGCUCUAACGCGCAACGCAUUAUGUUCACGGUGUAAUGGGAAGGGUGGUAAGGAUGGUGCUGUGCGGCAAUGCCAUACGUGUAGCGGCCGGGGUAUCAAGGUCACGCUGCGGCAGAUGGGUCCCAUGAUUCAACAAAUACAGUCGACAUGUGAUGAUUGUUCGGGAACUGGUGAAGUCAUAAACAUGAAGGAUCGGUGUACCAGUUGCAAGGGCAAGAAGGUUCUACCGGAGAAGAAGCUGCUAGAGGUGCAUAUCGACAAGGGUAUGAAGGGUGGACAGACCAUACAGUUCAACGGCGAGAGCGACCAAGCGCCCGGUGCACAAUCAGGAGACGUUGUCAUUGUCAUUGAUGAAAAGCCACAUGAUCGGUUCAAACGCCAGGAGAACGAUCUGAUUGUGGAACUAGAGGUCGAUCUUUUAACCGCACUUGGUGGUGGGCAGAUCAGCAUCAAGCAUCUGGACGACCGGGCUUUGCUAGUUAACCUUACUGCGGGAGAAGUGAUCAAAAAUAAUGACCUCAAGGUCAUUCGUGGACAGGGUAUGCCAUCUCAACGGCAUCAUGAACCUGGCGACUUAUUCGUCAAAUUCUCUGUGAUAUUCCCUGAAUCUGUGGAUUUGGGUUCCAUUGGCCUCUUAGAACGGGCCCUGCCACCACGGAAACCGCUAGAGAAGUUCCCGAAGAAUGUUCAUCUUGAGGAAGUGGAGUUGGAUGAGCCUGAUGCGAGGUCUAAAGCCCACGCAAUGCAGGAUGAGCCUAUGGACGAAGAUCACGAAGGGGAACCGCGUGUGCAGUGUGCAAACCAGUAGUGUUCAUGCGACUCUCAUUUAUUCUCAGAUCGUAUCCACAAGUAUGCUAUUACUACCACUGGCAGAUUUCAUAGAUGACCAUGUCAUUACAUCGAAUACAUCGCGAUUAAUAAGCUUUCUUGAAACACUCAGACAUCCCAUCGAGUUUGAGGGUCCAGCUUGAACUUGUCGUAAAGUUCUCGACCGAAGAAGCUGACUUCGGUUUCGUUUUCGAAGCCAUACUCUGCUAGGAUCUUGCUGUCAUCGUCAAGGAUCCAAUCGUCGUUGUCCAAAUUGAUUAUCAAAUUAGUAGUCUUAGUACCUUUGCUCCAUGGGCUUUUGUGUACAAUUUCAAAGUAUCUAAUGCUACAUUACGAUAAGGUCUCCACCCGGGCUGAGAUUGGACGGCUUCACGUGCGAUCUGCUUGAGAUGACCUAUGGUCACUGUUUCCAAAUUUACGUCGUGGAUGACCAGACUACGUUCGGUGCGGUAUUCAAAAGAUUUGAUGAUCCGGACAGUCAAGGUCGCUGAUGUCUUGGGAAGGGCAACGUUUCUUAGAGCAUCUUCGGACAUUUUUCAGAGAAUGGGGAAGAGAAGAAAAGGGAAAUGAUUUUGCAAGGGUGUCUUGUAGUACUUAUACAUCCACCAUGUCUGU